UCUGAUACGGUACAUCAGACAUAAGCAAAGGAAGCAGCGAGAGCCGUCUCUUCUUGGCCACAUGGUGGAGCAUCAUCGAAAGAAAUCCUUAGUACAUUUUAACUCAUUGAGGUUACUGUCAGUGUCUACCUAAUUCGAAAAACCUUAUGAGAAAGAAAGAAAGAAAAAGAAAUAACACAGGGGAGGCUUUAAAAAAGUGUCUUGCUUGUGUGUGAGAGAGUUUGUGCAUCUGUUCUACCUAUGAGGUUUCCCUCCUCUCUGCUGCUCUUGCAAUGCUUAGCCAGGCACUCGAAGGAGAUCAGGAAGGAGGCUUACUGAAAUGACCGUGCCUAGCAUCAGCCCCAGUUGCAUUGGUGUCGCGAACGGUGUCUGGUGCAGCAACGGCGGCAGCAGUAGCAACAGCCAUCACCGACAUGGGCAAGAGCAGAGCCUGAGUCCCACCGGCCACCUCAUCACAGCCAUCUGCCUCGGUGUCAUUGGGAGCCUGGGUUUCCUGAACAACCUCCUGGUUCUGGUCCUUUUCUGCCGGAAUAAAGUUCUCCGGUCUCCAAUCAACCUGCUGCUGAUGAACAUUUCAUUGAGUGACCUGAUGAUAUGCAUUGUGGGCACCCCUUUCAGCUUCGCUGCCAGCACGCAGGGCAAGUGGCUCAUUGGGCCAGCAGGCUGUGUCUGGUACGGCUUUGCCAACACCUUCUUUGGUACUGUCUCACUGAUAUCUCUGGCUGUGCUUUCAUAUGAACGAUACUGCACAAUGAUGGGAACAACAGAAGCAGAUGCCACAAAUUACAAGAAAGUAUGGAUGGGCAUCUUCUUGUCAUGGAUAUAUUCUUUAUUUUGGUCACUACCACCACUUUUUGGAUGGAGUAGCUAUGGACCUGAAGGACCAGGCACCACAUGUUCUGUGAACUGGCAUUCGAGGGAUGCUAACAACAUAUCUUACAUCAUUUGCCUUUUCAUCUUUUGCCUUGUCAUUCCCUUUAUCGUUAUUGUUUAUUGCUAUGGAAAGCUGCUGUGUGCCAUCAAGAAGGUGAGUGGAGUAACCCAAGGAAUGGCACAAACGCGAGAGCAACGAGUCCUGAUCAUGGUGGUUGUGAUGAUCAUUUGCUUUCUGCUUUGCUGGCUACCUUAUGGGAUUGUGGCGCUGAUCGCAACAUUUGGGAAACCCGGAUUAAUUACUCCCUCUGCCAGUAUCAUUCCUUCCGUUCUUGCAAAGAGCAGCACCGUCUACAACCCAGUCAUUUACAUCUUUUUGAACAAACAGUUUUACAGGUGCUUUUGUGCUCUUCUAAAAUGUGGCAAGAAAUCCAUCGCUUCCAGCAACAAAUGUUCUUCAAGGUCGACUCGAGUGUGUCGCAGCAUCCGGAAACAGGACAACUUCACAUUUGUUGCUGCUUCAGCAGGACCACCUUCCUCGGAGCACCAGGAUGCAAUUCUUAGCAUCCAGAAUCCAGAGCCCCCCACGGACAACAGCCCCAAGGCAAAACAAAGAGUUUUGCUCGUAGCUCAUUACAGUGUUUGAGCAGAACAAAAACUUUCUUUCCUUUUUUGAACUGAGGAGGAGGCAGAGAUGAACAAAGAAGGGAACAUUGCAUUUUGUGAAUUCCUAACUCUACAAUGAAUAAGUAAUGCAAACAGGUGUCAUCUGGGGCACAGAUAAUCUGCUGUGUAAAAUACUGUGAGCCAGAAAAGACCACAAUAGAAUCUUUGCUAAAGAUUGCUUGGGUGUCCUGAAGGUCCUUCUAAAUGUCCUAUGAAAAACUUAAAAAAAAAAAAGAGUUAAAGAUGUUAGUAGCAUUUGAUAGGGAGCAUGAGUAGCCAGCUUCCAGGACUAUUAAACAUUUGGGACUUGAUCUGGAUCAGUGCUACUUCAUGUUCUGGGAUGCUUCCCACCUGACUAAAUAAAGAAUAAUUCAUAUAGGGCUGCAGGGACUCUGGAAUGUACCCAGCAUGCCAUUAGUUCUGGACUUGUAGCAGGGGUACCCUUGCCAAAAUGGCUUGCCAAUACUGAAGCUGAUAAAUUGAAUAUCUUAGGUUAUUCUUCUAUAAAACUAGCAAUUUCAAAUCGAUUAAUCAAGAGUUCUUAUUGGAUAGGGAGAGAAAUGAACUUCUUUAUAACUUACUCUAUUCUAGCCGGCCGUUUCCUUUCAGCAUGAACUAUAUCAACAGUUGUCCAAAACACCCAAUAAUUUUCAAUUUCUAUGGAUAGAUUUUUAAUUAAAUUUUGACUGAAACCUUUACUAGACAUUUGACACUGUUAUACACAGUACUGAAUAUUUUAUGAUGAAUUCAUAUCUAAGCUCAACAUAUUGCCUUUUUAAAGACAGCAGUAGGCUACUGCAAAAUAAAACAAACUGCUGGAAAGAAAGUGGGUUGGGAAAAUUGUGCAACUGCAAUUUAAAAGGGGAAAUUAUAGAGAUAUCAUAAAGAAAUGUUAAAGAAUAAAGAUUAAGUAGAAACAUUUAUUUUGCCCUAGCCAUAAAUAAACAAAUGUUAUAUUUAAGAAACUCCAUUUGAUCUGCCAUUAUAAAUACAUUCUCUCACACAUAUAACAUUACAAAGAUUUAGACACUUUUCUUGGAAUUUGAAUAUUCUUGCAUUUAUGGAUAUCAAGUGGAAUCAAACCAGGCUAUGGGCAAUUUAUUGUAAUUCAUUUGAAAUGCAAGCAGAAUGCAGUUAACCCUGAAUUGACUAAUGCUGGCUAUGUUCAUCUGUAUUUUCUUCUUCAAAUGGAAGACAUGGGCAUUGUUUGGCAUAUCCAGCAUGCAUUUUACUAAAUGUGGAAAUCUGAACUAAGCAUAUGCAGUGACAAUCUACUUCUACAGUACAUAUGCAUACUUUCAUAAUGACAAAAUCAAAAGAACUAUUAACAUACUAUCCAACUCAUUCUACCCUUUCAUUCUUUAUGCCAAGGAUUCCUUGCCUGGUGGAGAAAUUUACUUUGUGAAUCAGCAGUUCAGUUUGGAGAGAACUAUGUUUCGGACUGUCUCGACAAUCAUAUUUUUAUAUCAUUGUAAGGUAUCCUAAUCCUGCAAGAUUGUAUUUCCUUGUUUAUUAAUUAGAUUUAUGUCACAUUUUUCAACCAAUGAGGUAAGUGUCCAUUUUAUCCACACAACAAGCCAUGGAAGUAGGCCAUGCUGAAAAGCCUGCAAGCAUGCAUCCACAUUUAGAAUGGAUGUAGUUUGAUACCACUUUAACAGCCAUGGCUCAAUGUGAUGGAAUCCUGGGAUUGGCAGUUUGAUGAGGCACCAGCAUUCCUUGGCAGAGAAGGCUAAAGAACAUGCAAAUUUACAAAUUGUAGUGCAGCUGGUUAAUCACCAGCAGCAAUCAUUGCUGACCGGAAGGUGGCAAAUUCAAAGCCCGAGUUGGAUUGAGCGCCUGACUGCCAAAUAGCCUAGCUUACUGUCCACCUAAGCAGUUCAAAAACAGCUGCAGCUGUGAGUAGAGAAAUUAGGGACCGCUUAAGCAGGGAGGUUAAUUUAAUUUAUGACACCAUAAAACUGCUGGCGAUCAAAGUGCAAGGAGGAAAUACUAUGAUCAAAAAGGACUCCGCAUCAUGACACGACAGAUCCCCCUGUGGCCAGAAUCGAGCAUAAUCUCCAGAAGCCAAAAUUAGAAAAUGUUGAAUUACCGCUACCUGUCUAUAUGGGUUGUAUGUGUAAAAAGGGCAUUGAAUGUUUGCCAUGUAAAUGUGCAUUGUGAUCCACCCUGAGUCCUCUUUGGGGUGAGAAGGGUGGAAUAUAAAUACCGUAAAUAAUAAAUAAAUAUAUAGGUAUAAUUCCAUCACAUUGAGCCAUGGUAGUGAAAACAGAGUCAAACUGCAUUUAUUCUACACUAUAGAUGCACCCCAAGUAAGCCAGUGCAUUUUAUGGCUCAUCAAAUACUUGAAUCUUCCAAGUCCCACUGCAACAGUAUAACAACUUUUCCAUAUUGACACUCACUAGUGCUUGUGAGAUUUGUUGGAACCAGUCAGAAACUGUUCUAAAAUAAUCCUAGAUAGGCACACAUUGUCUGAGAAUUCCUUAUAUGUACAAGAAAACUCAGCAGCAACAUGGCAGCCCCAUUUCACUAGAUGUAGGACACUGCGUGAAGCUCUGUCUUUCCUUCAUGAUUACUAUUUGCUCAAGCCUGAAGAAAAUGAAAAUGAAACCCCUUAACCACCAUACAAAUUCCAAAAUUCUUACUUCAUACUUUGCAAUUCCUGACUUGAUGACUGGAUUUCUUUAUGACUGGCAAUCACACAACUUUUUAGCACACUGAGUCCUCUUACUUUAAGAUCAGUUAUGUUUAAACAAAAGGGGAGUACAUUGUUCAACAGAUAGGUGUAUAGAAUUUAUUUACACGGUUACAAUAGUUUAGUGCUGCUUUUGCUAUCAAGCAUGAAUCCUACAGAAUCUUGAUAUUUGUAACUUGGUAGGUACUUCAAAUUCUCUGCUUGAGAGUUCUGAUGCAUUCCUCUGAAUAACAGAGUGCCCUUCCAAACAGGCCCGUAUCCCAAGAUCUGAUCACAGGUUUUCUGUUUUAAACUGGAUUAUGUGAGUCCGCACUGCCAGAUAAUCUGGAAUAAACAGAAAACCUGGGAUCAGAUCCUGGGAUAUAGGGCCUGUCUGGAAGGGCCCAAAGCUAGAGAUCUCCAGCAGGAAAUUCUGAGUACAGGAGAACUAAAAAAAUCAGGACUCCAUAGGAUGCAGUACAAUGAUAUUGAAGUAGAGUGUAUAUCCAAUUUGUGAAUUCCUUCAUUCUGAGAAGAAAGAACAAAACUUGUGGCACAAGGUCAUUUUGUCCUUAUUUACAAUUGAAGAAUUAAGACUUAAACACCCUCUUCCCCAAACCAUGAAUAAUAAUGUGAUGUACAAUAUGCCAGUUUCAGACGUGGCUUCCUGAUUUCAGCUUUGUAGCACAAGAACAAUUGUAUGAACUCUUGGUGAGGGCACCUCCAGCUCAUAUUCUGAAGAAAAUGUUGUGGUAAUCUCUGAGCGGUUAGACUCAAUUUAACCCUCUCUGGGGAAGAUUCCACCAAAAAUAUAGCAGAGUAGCAAAAGCAGACUUUCAAACAGCAGAUACUUACACGUGGUGAGCAAAGAGAAGCCUUUUUCUGUUAGGAUGGCAAUGGAUUGCAGAGGCUCAGUAAAAGUUCAAAAAGCACUUAUUUAGGUAAAAAGAAUUCCAUUGUAUAUAGGAAAGGUUUAGGAGCUGUCUAGCUCUUUAGGCUAGUUUCUAAGGUAGAUAAGAUAGGUAAAAAUAACAAACAUCUAGAUAGUUACAUCUUGCCUGGAGGGACAGCAAGAUGCUGUUGUUAGCUUGAAGGACAAAGAGGAAGAGAGUGAACCAAAAUGGUUCCGACCUCAUGGUCCAGUUUAUUGGGGCCAUUCUGACCAAUGGGAAGUUAGUGUCCCUGACGAUUCACAUUUCUACUAACAUCAAAGUAAGGGACUUGACGUAAACAGGGUAGAAAGAGGGGAAACACAGUAAAGCCUAACUAGGCAUGCUUUGGAUACAGAGAAAGGAUUCCCUCCAUCUAAUCCUAUCAUCUAUCUAACUACAUUUAGACUUGAGUAGUCCAGGAUGAUUCCCAACAGAAAAUACAAAGGUCUUUGAGUAUCUUCAUGCAAGGUCAUGGAGUACUUUCUCAGUGGACAACCGUUGUUCAAUCCUGAAAAAGAUGAGACAGCAGCUUUUUAUUUGCAAGAUAGUUGUAAGAGAAAUGAGAAAGAAAUUGAGCCAAUUGAUGCAACUGAUGAAACUAGCUGUAAGGACAGUGAGUCCACUUUCUGUUUUAUGGUUAUAGUAUUUUGUUUGCAGCUUCCAUACAUUAUACAUGUGUUAUCUCUAUGCUGGUCUCAAGUUCAGCACUGGGAAAGCCCUUGCAGAGUAGCUUCACUAGAUCCACAGUGAACGGAUGAAUUGGUAACUCCCAACACAUAUUCUGAAUGAAGAAAUGUUAUAGGCUAACAACACCUUAGAACAGGUUUGGAGAAUACCCCAGAUAAUGUUGUAUCGCCAUCUCCAUUGGCUGUGAUGGCUAAAAUAACUGGGAGCAGCAAUUCCAAUGUCAGGAGAGCCAGAUGAUGGUAACUCAAAACUGGAUUCUUCAUGUUUUCAUGCUUCUUAGACCAGCCUCCCAAAAAUAACCAUAGUUUCACAUGUAUGUCAAGAAGAAGUGAUAAAACUGUCAUAUUUGUGGGUUUUAAUAGGGGACCCCAGCAGCCAUUUCUUUUAGUUAUUUCAGCACUAUUUAUGUCUUUAUUCAUUUUAUACCAUACAUUUUUUUUUUUGCAAUAUGGGACCCAAGGUAGUUUACUAUAUGUGUGUUUACAGUAGAAGUAUUAAGAAAUUGUCUAAUGUAAAUGUAUUUUAAAAACCUAAAUGGAUAAAGCAUUGAAACCUAUUUUAAAAGAAUGUAAAAAUAUUUAAAAUGGGUCUAACAGAUUAAGAUCAAAUUCUAGCAUACCCCAUAAAAAAAAACCCUUUGCACAACUAGUUAAAAGUGGAUGGUGAAAUUAAACAUUCUUGCCUACUGGCCUCUCAUGGGAGGGAAUUUCAUAGUUCAAUGUAAUCUAAAAAGCAAAUGGAGUAAAUUAAUUCUAUCAUACUUUGGACAUUACAGGAAAUGACAUGGCUUACUGAAAUCAUGAUAAUUCACAAAAGACUAUAGGAAAAGAGAUAGACUACAUUACGAACCAUGCAUAUGGACUGACCCAAUAAAGAAAGUCACAGACCUGGUUUUUAGGACUUAGCAGGACUGUUAACAAUUACGAAUAUUCAAGAUCUUUCCUUAAUUUAAUUGCCACAAAUAAUAGGCAAUGUUAUGGCAAAUAAAAACAACAAAUGCAUUGUAUGGGCUUUAUUUAUAUGGAUGCAACACACUUCAGUUGUACUGUCAAACUGGUUUGUCAUGUUUCUAUGGACCCAGAAAACAUUAUAAACUGAACUUUCCUUCAAAGAAAUCUGGUCUCUGGUCUCAACGGUAAAUUUAAAGUAAAAUUGUAAUGCAAUUUAUAUGUAUUACUGUUCUUUUCACUGAAAGUCUCCUUUAUGUUUGUUUAAUUGUACAUCUUUUAAAAUAGUUUUAUUCUCUCUCUUUUUUAAAACUUACAUGGAAUUUGUCAUCAUUUUGAUAGAUGCCCACUAUUGCUUAACACAAGGCAUGCUUACAGCCCAGGGUUUAAGCAGUAAAUCUGAAAUAGGUACCAGUAAAUGGAUUGUGAGGUGCUAACAUGGAGAUUACUAGAUUCCCCAACUUGGCACUUUCUGAAUGAGAUGCACUAUAAAUCCUAGUGCCUGCAACUAGUAUGACAACUGGCUUUGUCCAACACAUUCAAAGUGUGUUAAGUUGGAAAGAGAGAGCUCAGAUAGCAGGUACAUAUUCCUUUCAACAUAAAGACUUGUGUCAAUAGGAAGAUCUUUAGAAAAGGGAAAAUUUUGGGGAGACAAUUCAUAUAUCACUGUUUAAAUAUUCUGCUUUAGAUUUUAAAGUACAGUAUACCAUUAUUUAGUUGAUGGAUUAUGGUUCAUUAUGUUAACUAUAUGUAACUGAAAUCCCAUGCACAAUUACCUGGGAGUAAAUCUCAUUAAACUCAGUGGGACAUUUCUCAGUUGAGGGCUGCAUUAUUUGUGUAUUUUAAAAGCUGUUGUCUGGAUGGUUUCCCCUUGCUUCUUUUCCUCAUGAUCCUUUGGUUGAACAUUUUUUAAAAGCAGGUUUAUUUAACGACAAAAUGGUAUUUUUGAAUAAGCAUGGUCCUUAAAAUCCAUGAUUUUACAUGAGUAGAAUGUGUGCAUUUUCUGUGAUCUCUUUUCCCAUGUAAUGAUAAAAUUCAGCUUCAGUGUGCCUCUUUGAGCUGUUGAAAAUGUUACAAAAUGGCAUUGUAUGUGUUUUGCUUUUGAUGAGAAACUAUUGUUGGUCUAAAAUCAUGUCCAUGUGCUUAUAAAGAAUACUUCUUAUAAAAGAAA